CGUCCCUACGUAGUUCAACGCAAAGCGACGAAGACUGAGUGGGCACGCAGGUGCAGGUACACCUCUUACUUCAACCAAAAAAAGUUGUUACGAACAGAGCGUGUAUUUUCAAAUUACUGCUGUAUGCAAGCUUACAACAUCCACAUGGAGCGGUGACGAAAGCAAGGCCACCGCAUGCCUCUGGCCAAUUCGCUGCUGUCGCCGUCGUUGGACUGACGGUAGUAGACCCUACGCUGUGUCAUGGAAAUGUAUAAGAAAAAAAAAUCUGGGACUCCUUGCAACGUAAGGAUGAGUAGUGGUGAUCGCAUGUGCCGGCUCGGACGAUGUGUGUCUUGUCUACUUCAUUACAGUUUUGGAUACAGGACGCUAGCGACAAGUUCAGAAGUACACGUACACGAUGGUCAAUGUGAGCCCCAGUGCCUGAUGAAUGACUGUUUUUUUUUUUCGUUGCAGAGCAAAGAAAACGUGUUUCGCUUUACUAUUAGCCAGCUUAUUCCUUCUGAGCUGCAGCGUAUUAUAUACAUGGAGAGCUUUGCAGCUACCAGAUUUCCCACAAAGAAGUUUCCGCACGGAAGGUGUACGUACAACAGAAGCUCCCGCUGUGGUCAAAGAACAUACUAUGGCGUCAGUAGAUACCAGUGAUUCUUCUUUAGAAAGGCUUCUUCCCGCGGCGUUUAAGGCUGCGCUCGAAAGAUAUCCCGUCGUCCCAGCAGCGGAUGUGAAAAUAGUGGUGAUCGUCGCCUAUUACCGGUCUGGGUCAUCCUUUGUUGGCGAAUUGCUGUCUUCUGCGCCACGGACAUUUUUCCACUUUGAGCCUCUUAUCCCGUUCACUGUCAGCGGCAGCAUACGACAAGGAAGACAGAGCCACGCUUUCCGUCUGAUAGACGAGCUUGUCAGGUGCUGCUUCGAGCCGCUCUACACAGUGUGGCUGGAGAACACCCCUUACUACAAGUUCAACCACUUCCUGGCCGAUCUCUGCGAAGGUGGAGAGUCUUGCUCCUCCCCAAGUCACCUCUCUGCUCUCUGUUCAAGAGCCGGAACGCAAGUUUUCAAGUUCACAAGACUGCGCGUCAGUCAGGUGGGAUCUUGGAUUGAGCGAAACCCGGACAUUGCGCAGUCUGUUCGCGUGGUCCACCUGGUGCGAGACCCGCGGGCCAUCUACUCUUCUAGAAGAGGUCUUCGCUGGUGCACAAACUACAAGCCCUGCGGCAGCGUGGCCGCCUUGUGUGACCAGAUGCGAUCAGACUUGGAUGCAUUCGGGGAGCUCACCCGUCGACUGCAGAUAAACAGGACGUACCAGAUACGUUUCGAAGACCUCGCCGCGAACCCCCUGAACGAGACGAUGCGCGUGUUCGGGAGACUAGGCCUAAACUAUGCACCAUCCGUUUCGAAAUACAUUGAAACCCACACGGCAGCAGCUGCAGCAGCGGAAAUGAGGAACGCUCACUCGACGAAGAGAAACUCGAAAGCGGUUGUGCACAUGUGGAAGCAGAAGUUGUCGAUGCAAACGAUACGGGAAAUAGAAACGACGUGCGGUGAUGUCCUUCACAGGCUUGGUUACAAGAGAGUGCCGAAAUGAGCGAAACGUGCAAAAGCCUAGCGAAACAGCGCUGAUUUCGCCACCCGAAACUUUUGACACAUUAUCCACGCGGUGCUUGAAAUACCUGCGAAUGUAUAUUCUAAUAUUUCAACCACAAUGUGCAAGCCUAAACUGUGACUUCUUCCUCUAGAUAGUGGUGAUGGCGUCAGUGCAAGAGUGAUCAAAGUGCUAAGUGAAAAUUGUUUCUUCGCAGUAUAAUAAUGGUCUAAGAGGCUAUGCUUUGAUCUGUAA